AUGGGUAAAGAAAAAACACGUGUCAAUAUUGUUGUUAUCGGCCAUGUUGAUUCGGGUAAAUCAACAACAUCGGGCCAUUUGAUUUACAAAUGUGGUGGUGUCGAUCAGCGAAUGAUCGAAAAAUACGAAAAAGAAGCUUCCGAAAUCGGCAAAGGUUCAUUCNUUCACAUUUGUAAUCAGACAUUAACUUUUGUCUGGCAAUACACACCCUGCCAAGCAGAAGAACAUAAACAUAAAAAACUUAUGUUCGACGUUGCCGUACAAAAACCUGACAAAAUACACGUGUACAAGGUCGUGUAUCGUAUUGGCAAUUGGUACCAUUGA